CAUCAUGGUGGGAGCACUUGUUUUGCUGUGUGUUUGUGGGUUGGCCUCCACAGCCUCUGGUUGUGAAGAUAGAGCAGUACCUAAACCACAAGAACUGAUAAAAUUGAGAUUACAUCCUGAACUAGCCGAAGAUGCCAAUUUGAGAGUGCCAAGUUUGGUUCGGAAGUACGGGUACCCAUUGGAAGAGCACCAGGUUACCACCAGUGACCAGUAUGUUUUGACCAUGCACCGAAUUCCCUAUGGACGAUAUAACAAGAAGAAAAGAAACAGGCCUGUCGUCUUCCUUAUGCACGGGUUAUUAUCUUCCUCUGCAGAAUAUAUUAUUACCGGGCCUGAAAAAGCUUUGGCCUACAUUCUAGCCGAGGAAGGUUUCGACGUGUGGCUCGGCAACGCCCGCGGCAACCGCUACUCCCGCCAGCACUCCUAUAUUGACCCUAGGAACCCUAAGUUCUGGAAAUUCUCCUGGGACGAGAUCGGAAACCUAGACUUGCCGGCCAUGAUCGAUUAUGUUUUGGGGAAGACGAGGAAGAGACAGCUGCAUUACAUAGGGCAUUCACAGGGCACCACAGCGUUCUGGGUCAUGUGCUCGCUGAGACCCGAAUACAACCAAAAGAUCGUCUCCAUGCACGCCCUGGCCCCUGUGGCUUACUUGACACACAAUAAGUGUCCUCUCCUGCAUGCAAUAGCGCCGUUUUCUAAUGCCAUCGCUAAUUUUCUAGCUUUGAUCGGAAAAUCAGAAUUUAUGCCUAACAAGCUCAUUUUGAAAUGGGCCGGAGCGGCGAUGUGCAGAGACGGGGCCAUCUUUCAAGAGCUCUGCAGCAACAUAUACUUCCUCGUUGGUGGCUGGAACUCCGUGGAGUUAAACAGGACGAUGAUCCCAGUAAUCCUAGGCCACACACCAGCAGGCGCCUCCGUCUAUCAGCUCGCCCACUACGGCCAAGUCAUGGCCAGCAAGGAGUUUCGGCGCUUCAACCACGGGCUUGCCAACAUGAGGAUAUACAGAAACAUGAUACCGCCACGUUACGACCUCCACAAAGUGACAGCCCCAGUAUUCUUCCAUUAUUCCCUAUCUGAUCCAUGGGCUCAUGUUAAUGAUGUCGACAGAUUGGGAAGGGAGGUCGGUAAUCUUAAAGCAAAGCGGGUCAUACCUAUGGCAACUUACAGCCACUUUGAUUUUCUAUUGGGAAUUAACGCGAAAAGGCUUGUGUAUGAUCAGGUUAUAUCUGAUAUAAGGAGUAUGGAAAGGAAAUAAAUAGUUUGGAAUA